UCAAACUAGAGAGAACAUUCAAAAGCUUUACCUCGUUUUUACUGUUCAAAAGUAUACGUUUUGGAAAGUAGCUUUAAGCGUCUACAACACAGUGCAGAUGAGAAAUAGAAUGUAAAAAAAAAUUACCAAUAUGUCUCUGCAUUGCGAGAAGUCAACAUAUGGCCUGACUGGAUUCAUAUUCCUUCUGACAAUUUGUAUCAAAGGUACAACAGGACGGCAAGACAUUACACCCGGUGUGACGACAACUCUAGAGCCUUAUAUAACAGCAAGUGCUCUUUCUUGCCCGGUCAUCAUACUUGCUCCAGAAAUCCUUUACGCAGAUUAUGGGAAGAAAGUUCAAUUUCAAGGGUCAGUUGAAGCCAAAUUGGAAUACCCCACUGAUGGACGUUGGCAAAAAAUAAGUAACGGUGUUGUACUGAAAAGUAUUGACACUAAUACAGCCAAAUAUCGAAAUACAACUACGUUGCCUCCAAUUCAACUUGUGAUAAACAAUGCAGACUUCGAUGACAUAGGAGAGUACCGUCUACAAGUCAGAAUUUCUAACGGCUGGUGUUCAAGCACUACGCUCCAACUUCAGCAUAUAUACGGAGUUCUAGGGUACAAUGAGAGCUGCAAUCAUACUAGAGAAUGUGAUGAAAGAAAACUACUACAAUGUGCAAGCAGUGCAUGUUUGUGUAAUGAUUUGUAUUAUCCCUAUGGUCAAACUUGUUAUCCAAGAAAUCAUUUAGAGGCAAAUAUUGUAAACUCUAUCAUCAAUGCGUCAUCGAUUUAUUUUGAAUGGAAAAAUUCGUCGCACUCUGAUUUGAUACAGGAGUACACCGUAAGCAUAAUCGACGGCAACGGAACAACCAUAACGAAUACAUCAGUAGGCAAACAGACACGCUUCAACUUCCAAUAUGAAUUCAUCCAUGGAAACAUAUAUUAUUGUAUAUUUUCAACUAAUGUGAAAAUCGGACACACAGGGGAGUUGUUUACUGUCAUCAAGGAAAAACAAAUGGUCUUAGCUCCCUUACCCCCCGGUCAAAUAGACAAACACAACAGCAGCUUUCAUCCAGAAAAGUUACAUCUGAAAUGGACUGUGCCAAUUAACAACACAAAGGUUGAUUCCUACUCUGUUAUUAUUCAUUAUGAAUACGGAGAACAACACUCUUCCUCCUGGUCAAAUGAAGUUACUCUCCCCAAUAGAUUCCAACCUGACAAAAACUACACAGUCACACUAUAUGCAAUCAGUUACGGAAGUUACAGUCCAAACUACACGGAGGUGAUUCAUACUCUGCGUACUCCUGUUUUGACGAUUACUCCUUCCGGUUGGCAUGCCACACCCUAUCUGUCAAACUUGGAGAUCAAUUGUAUAAUAAGGAACAGUUCUGGUUUUCCUCCGAUAUUGGAAACAAAAUGGCAAAGAAACAAACUUGACUUCAACAUAUCAGAUGUGAUGUACAAUGGCAGUUCUCUGGAUCUGAUUAACCCCAAACUUGUCAUCAACCGGGUAGACUUUGAUAGAGAUGAUCGUGUUUAUUAUCGAUGUAUGGCAAGAAAUUCGGAAGGCUGGGGUUCAAGUCCCUACGACAUAGAACUUUAUGUUACUGGAAGUAUUAAAUUUCAACAACCGUGUAAUAACAGUAAGGAAUGUCUGCAUUAUUCAAGUGUAAUAUGCAUCAACAAUGAAUGCUUAUGCACAGCCAGUUAUUACCACAAAGAUAAGAUUUGCAAGUACAGAUACUAUUUACGGGCACAGAGCAUCAACAUCAGAAGCUCUUUUUGUAAUAUUUCAAUGACUUGGAAACAUCCUCAGGACGCAGAUCUAAUAACCGGAUACGAAGUUUUCAUAGAAGAAAAAACCGGGUACAGCUGGAAGAAGUUUGACAGAAUUGAUGUUGGAAACAACACGAAAUUUACAUCUCCGUGCACUCUACAAUCUGGACGGUUAUACCGAACCUACAUCCGAUCUCAAAUUGCAUUAAGAAACCCAUCAAAAAACAUAUCUGUAGACUCUUACCAAUACCAAUAUCCCGGAACAUACGAGGAAACUAUACUAGAACCACGUAAACCAGGAGCAAUAUUAAAUAAUAUAAGUAUUUUUUCUGCUGAUGGACUUCACCUCGAAUGGGAGAAAACUGACGGUUUUGUCAACCGAUACAGAGUUAAAAUUGACGACAAUGAGCAAGAAACACUUGACAGUAAACCACAUAUAGACUGGAACAAACUUCUGCUCCCUGGCACUUUGUACAACGUCACAAUAACGGCGAUCAGCUACGGAUUUACUACAAAUUAUCAGACUUACGGGAAAAGAGAAAGCGCACCAGCUUCUUACUGGAUAAUGACUGUUGAUUCAAAAAAUACCGGGAAGGCGUUCAUGUCGUAUGGGGAUGGUGACUACGUUCUAACUGGCGAUUAUGUUACAACCCCUCCCCUUACAUCCCCCACCAGAGUCUAUGUAGGAAGUGAACCAGAUGCGGGAUUCAACUUUGUGGUUAUUGGAACUAAUGGUAUAAUUGGACUAGGCGAAACGUUUAACAGUGAGUCCAUAUUUGCCAUGGACUCUAAAGAUGUCAAACAAAGACAGAUUCUCUGUCCAUUUUGGACCGAUUUACAAUCAAAGAAUAAUGAGGGAAAAGUUUACUACAAAACAUACAACCGAGGGAAGAAAGGAACGAACGUAGAUUCAAAUUUUAUGGAUAUGGCCGAUGACAUAGUAAGGAAACAUUUCAAAGAUUUGCAAGAUUUUAAAGCUACCUGGCUUGUGAAAGUCACAUGGGAAAAUAUGACACUUUUUGGACAAGAUGACCAGAAAACUACGUUCCAGUGUUUCCUGAUCACAGAUGGCGGGAACACAUUCGCUGUUAUAAACUACAUUGAUAUUAAUCUAAAACCGAUUAGAAAUCUUCCAAUCUCAAUAGGAUAUAGAUAUAAGGAUGCCUUUGUGAAAAACUCAUUCACCAACCAAAAAGGAGCGUUUAAAAUGAGUUUCAUUCCUGGAAAUGGGGGAGAACGUGGUUUCUGGAUUUACAAAAUGACAACAGGAAGAAAUGCAAGAAGAGAGGAACACGAUUGUUUAGCGUGGCAUUUAUCAAACAAGAAAAAUAAGACCGACCAAACUUUGUCCCACGUUCUUGUUGAAAUCGAGUGUCCUUGUGAUUCACGUCUUCUCAGAUUUGAUCCACGUUACGCCCUCAACAGAUUUGACGAAACCAAUCGCCUAGCCUGUUAUGCUUCUUUAACUGAGGGCAACAAUGUCGAGUGCUGUUAUGACAUGUAUGCUGACGUUCAGCAUCUGGGACCUCUGCGGGUUUCGGCGCCUUUUGCAGGAACAGUUUUGCAGUAUAAUCCAUUUUUUCAAAGAUAUCACUACAACAACCAUGAUAAAAAACCGAAGGACGUUUGCUGCAGUUCGGGACAUUGUGAUUGGUAUUAUGACGUUCGUCCAAUUCCUAAUUGCUAUAUUUGGUCACCUUUCAAACCAGCGAUUAAUUUCGGAGAUCCCCAUAUAACGACAUUUGACGGUUUGGACUACACCUUUAAUGGAUAUGGAGAAUAUACUAUGAUUAAGAUAAACACACGCACUGCAUCAUUUAUCUUACAAGCAAGAACGGAGUUGGCGACAACAGAAAACGGAACAACUAUAAAUGCAACCAUUUUCAGUGCGUUUGCAGCAAAAGACCAAACAGGAUCAACAGUACAAAUUGAAAUGUCACGUGACAAAAAAGGAAUGGUGAUCAUUGGCAAUGGAAUCGACAUUACAAAUAGGUUAAAAAACGCUAGUUACAAAUUCCUGGAAAGAAACCUAACAAUAUCCUCCCAAAAUCGCACAAUUGUAGCAACAUUUCUAAAAUCAUCAAACACCAUUAAAAUUAGCCUUGGAAAACGCUUUUUGAUCUGUGAAACUCUGAUCAACGUGAAAUACAAAGGAAUGACAACAGGUUUGAUGGGGAACUUUGAUGGCAACAAAACUAAUGACUUUAUAUUACCGAAUGGGACCAUGCUACCACAAAAUGCAACGAACAGCGAAAGGAAAAUAUUUUACAACUUUGGAAGACUUUGGUCUGUUGGCAAAGAAUCUUUAUUUCAAUAUGGUGACGAAUUAUCCUACUUAAACUACUCACACCCCGAGUUUGUUCCAAUGUUUACGGAUGAAGUGGAUACAGGACGAUUGGAAGAGGCUAAAAUGAAAUGCGGAUCGAACGCUUCGAAGGCCUGCAUAGCUGACUACCUCGCCACUGGAGACAUUGCGUUGGCAAAAGUUUCAGGGAAUAAGGAACAUGAUUCUAAGUCUGAUAUUGCAACAAUAGAAAAUGAAAUACCACAGAUUAUAUCGGGAAACACAACACUAUAUGUUGAACUGAACAAAAAAGUGGAAUUUAAAUUUAAUGUAUCAGAUGAUGGCGAGAAAAAUCCAACAAUAAAGUUUUUAAAGAGACCAGACAAUUUUGAACUUGACAAUGAAACAAACACCGUCGUUUGGACCCCAAAGAAUUUCAGUAAUCCUGACAUAAGCAUCGUGGCCACCGACAGUCAAGGAGCACAGUCUGCCGCUUUAGAGUAUAACAUAUUAAUGUGCAGUGGAUGUGGUCACAAUGGAGAGUGCGACUAUGAAAACACGUUGGAAAUAAGUAACCAUGCUAAAAGGGUUGUGUGUAAAUGUCAAACAGGAUACACAGGGGAAAGGUGUGAUAUUAACACAGAUGGCUGCUCACAAAACCCUUGUCCACUUAAUAGAAACUGUACGGACCUCUCACCCGAGGAAGAGGUCAAGUUUGGUCGAGGAUAUAACUGCUCGAGUUGUCCCCCUGGGUUCAACGAAGUCGGAAAUAAAUGUAUAGAUAUUAACGAGUGUACAUCAGAUGCCAAUACUUGUGACAAGGAUACAUCAAAGUGUGAAAACAGUAAUGGUGGCUAUAUUUGCAACUGUUUAAGCGGGUAUAGGAAACUGAAAGAACAAUGCAGUGAUAUAGAUGAAUGCCUUGAGAAACGGUCUGGCUGUGAACAACUCUGUCAAAACACCCCCGGAUCUUUCUCAUGUUCUUGCUUUCCUGGAUUUGGUUUAAAUAAUGAUAAUACCACUUGCAGCCAAAAGGAUAAUAAUAUCUGUAAACACUUAAAUAAACAAUGCCAAUACGCAUGCAGUAAAAUAGAGGGAAAUGCACAGUGUAUUUGUCCAACUGGUUAUACAUUAACCAACAAUGGAAUAAACUGCGCAGAUAUUGAUGAAUGCAGUCUGGCUACGACUCCAUGUGACCAGGAAUGUAUCAACCUUAACGGAUCAUUCCAAUGUACUUGUCGUCCUGGAUACUCUCUUGAGGAGGACAAAACAACGUGCUCGAGAUGUGAAUUGCCGAAUUACGGAGUAAACUGUAGCCAGGUGUGUGAAUGUGGCCCAGGUGUAGACAGGUGUGAUUCCGUCAGUGGGUGUGUUUGUCUGUCAGGGUGGACUGGGAAGAGCUGUGACGCAGAUAUUGACGAAUGUCAGGAAAAUCCAAACAUAUGUGGUACAAAAAUGGUUUGUGUAAACAAGGAGGGCUCCUAUCAAUGUGAUUGUGGGAAGGGAUUGCAACGAGUGGAGAAUAGCUGUGAAGACAUCGAUGAGUGCGCAGAUGAAUCCCUGAAUUACUGUUCCCCUGAAACCACACAUUGCGUGAAUUCGUUCGGUAAUUACAGUUGUGGGUGCAGACCAGGAUUCCAAGGACAGGGGUCGGACUGUAAUGAUAUAGACGAAUGCAAGCUUGGUACUCAUACAUGUUCCCAAGCAUGCUUAAACACACAUGGCAGUUACAAUUGCCUCUGUUUUUUUGGAUUUGACCUGGGCAACGAUCGUCAUACUUGUGAAAAAACCAAAGACUCCUGCUCUUUAUAUCCAAACCUGAACUGUACGUAUGGGUGUAGGAAGAUCAACGAGAAAAAGGGAAUAUGUUUCUGUGAGAGUGGCUACCAAGUUCAAAGCGACGGGUCUUGUGAAGACAUAAAUGAGUGCCUUAUUUCAUCAACUUGUGACCACAACUGUACCAACGAGAAUGGGUCGUUUACUUGUUCAUGCGCUGUUGGAUACCGACUAGGAAACGACGGCAAGAGUUGUAGAGUAUGUAAGCCGGGAUUUUACGGAAAAAACUGUGAGAGACCAUGUAGAUGUGGGCGAGGAUCAAAGGAGUGUAACAACAUCAAUGGGUGUGUCUGUUACCCCGGCUGGAGGGGGGAGACGUGUGAGGAAGACAUCAACGAGUGUGGCAGCAGUCCGUGUACAGGGGAACACGAGGUUUGCUUCAACACACCAGGGUCCUUCCGGUGUAAUUGUGUUCCAGGGUUCAAAAACAGUUCCGGAACAUGUGACGAUAUUGAUGAGUGUCAAGAACCACACAUAUGCCACCAGCUAUGUAGUAAUACAAACGGCAGUUACUUGUGUGGGUGUAAGGCUGGGUAUGAACUGAUUAAUUCCAAGGACUGUGUUGAUAUUGAUGAAUGCGCUAAAGCUCGGUGCAGUAAAUGUUCCAACUGGCCUGGAAGCUUCAAGUGUUCCUGUAGUGACGGUUACCGGCUGAACGCAACGACACUGAGAGAUUGCGAGAAUGUCGACGAAUGUCACGAAAACACUCACAACUGUUCCCUGAACGCAACCUGUACUGAUACACACGGGAGCUUCAAGUGUAGCUGUCAUAUAGGGACGCACGGAGACGGCUUUAACUGUACAGCAUGCCCUCCGUUUACCUAUGGCGAGCAAUGUUUAGAUCACUGCAAAUGUAAAAAGAACAACAGUGACAGAUGUGAUGCUGUUACCGGAAGUUGUCAAUGUAAGACAGGAUGGACCGGUGAUACCUGUUCACAGGACGUGGACGAGUGUAAGGAGGGAAUCAGAACGUGUAAUACAAGUCUACAUCAGGUCUGUGUCAACGACCCGGGCUCAUCUCACUGCCAAUGUCAUUAUGGUGGGAAGGAUCUUGCAAACUGUAACAUAUGUAACCCGGGGUUCUACGGAGAAAACUGUGAGACACAGUGUAGAUGUGGGCGAGGAUCCAAGGAGUGUGACAACAUAAAGGGGUGUGUCUGUAACCCUGGGUGGAGGGGAGAGACGUGUGAGGAAGACAUCAACGAGUGUAACAGCAGUCCGUGUACAGGGGAACACGAGGUCUGCCUCAACACACCAGGGUCCUUCCGGUGUAAUUGUGUUCCAGGGUUCAAAAACAGUUCCGGAACGUGUGAAGAUCUUGACGAAUGUCACGAAAACACCCACAACUGUUCCCUGAACGCCACAUGUACUGAUACAGACGGGAGCUUCAGGUGUAGCUGUCAUAUAGGAACGCACGGAGACGGCUACAACUGUACAGUAUGUCCUCCGUUUACCUAUGGCAAGCAAUGUUUUGAAGAAUGUAAAUGUGAAAAGAACAACAGUGACACAUGUGAUGCUGUUACCGGGAGUUGUCAAUGUAAGACAGGAUGGACCGGUGAUACCUGUUCACAGGACGUGGAUGAGUGUGGUGAGGGAAUCAGAACAUGUAACACAAGUCUACAUCAGGUCUGUGUCAACGACCCGGGAUCAUCUCACUGCCAAUGUCUUUAUGGUGGGAAGGAUCUUGCAAACUGUAACACAUGUUACCCGGGGUUUUAUGGAGAAAACUGUAAGACACAGUGUAGAUGUGGACGAGGAUCCAAGGAGUGUGACAACAUCAAGGGGUGUGUCUGUAGUCCCGGCUGGAGGGGAGAGACGUGUGAGGAAGACAUCAACGAGUGUGACAGCAGUCCGUGUGAAGAGGAACACGAGAUCUGCCUCAACACACCAGGGUCCUUCCGGUGUGAUUGUGUCUCAGGGUUCAAAAACAGUUCUGGAACGUGUGAAGUCUGUUCUCCGUUCACUUAUGGCACAGAAUGUUCAGAGGACUGUAAAUGUGAAAAAACAAAGAGUGAGAAAUGUGAUGCUGUUACCGGGAGUUGUCACUGUAAGACAGGAUGGACCGGUGAUACCUGUUCACAGGACGUUGAUGAGUGCGAGGAUGGAAUCAGAACGUGUAACACAAGUCUACAUCAGGUCUGUGUCAACGACCCGGGAUCAUCUCACUGUGAAUGUCUUUACGGCGGAAACAAUCUCACACGCUGUAUUCGUCCCAAGCCAACGAUUCAUAUCAAUACAUCACAGGUCAAAGUAAAAGCGGAAGUAAGAUUUGACAUAAAGGCUAGUAGAGAGGACUUCGUGAAACAUAGUGAGGAAUGGCGAAAACAGAUCGAAGAGACGCUGAUGAAAUUCCAUCGGGACACUGUUCCAGGAUUUUCAACUCUCAUCGUAUUGUCAAUAAGGUUAGGAAGUCUCUGGGCGGACUAUGAAAUCAUUGGAACCAAAACACAAUUGAACAAAAAUAAGUUCGAAGCUGGCGUGGCAAGCAGUAUGUCGAAAAUUCUUAAAGGUGAACACACGUUUAAUAUAUUGAAGCAAGAAGCUCGUGUCAUCGGAGUUACCAUGAAGGAUAAUAAUGGAUCAACAACAAUGACUUUUACAACCCCUACGUCGCCUUGCUAUUUGCUGAAAGCGUUUUACGAAUGUCCUUCUGGGUACCAUUGUGACGACUCCUUAAAUAAAGCAGAGUGUGUAUUAAAUGACUUCUCAGAUCUCGCUAUCAUCACAAUCUCGGUUGGAGUAGGCGUUCCCGUUCUGAUAGCGGCAAUUGUGAUUAUCAUACUGUGGAAGCGGUACCAGAGGAAGGCUCGGAAACUGAAAGAAAAAUCUGGCCACGACGAAACUAUCCCUGUGACGCUUGCAGGGAAGAUUCCACGACCCAAACACUCGCCUUCAAGUGAAUAUGACUUCAUAGACUCGCGGUCUUUGUAUGAUGGCAGGUACACUGACUUGGGGUGUAUUAAUCCUAACUAUUCCGAGGACUCUCACAGAGAAAGGAGAUACCAGGUUGAUGACCAGUUCCCUAUCAAAAGACCAAAUGUCGGCCCCGACAUGACCCGUGAAUACUGAGAAGACUGGAAAUGAAAUAACCAUGAACUUAUACAUUGUGCUAGGCUAGGCGUGUUUAUAAUUACUAGAGUUUGAUUAUAAAUUGCUUUUUAUGUGUGUAGCGCAAAAUAUUAUUAAUAAAGUGAUUAUCUUCUACCCAGCCAAUGAAAUUAUGUACAAAACCCGUUUAUGUAGAGGUGAAGAAUAUUUUAUAAAAUAACAAAAAUUGUUUUAAUUAGAGUAAAAAUAUAAAAUGUACAAAAAGGAUGUUGUAUCUGAAUGGUAAGCAUAAGAUACUUUUGUUAAUGACCACUAGCAGAUGAUUUCAUACUAUUAUUUUAGUGUUUUUAUAUAAAUGAGAAUAUUAUAAAUGAAAUUGAUGCAAUGUCCUCUCAAAAUUGCUUGUUAUUACAAUGUAUAUUGACUUUUGAUUCAAAUAAAAUCCUAACGUAAGUAA